UAUUAGAUUUCAUAUCAUAGUAAAUGUUUUAGUGAGAAUUAACUUGUCUGCAAGUUUUCAAUUUAUUUAGCUGCUGAUUGAGUGGGAGAUGCCCUUUGUUGAUUGCUGAGGUUAUAUGCUUGCUACACUUUGGCCUCUGAUUGGUUAAUUGGAUAAUUGGCUAACGUUUUUUUUGCUAGUGAGCUGAAAUGUGGUAAUCUGUCAAGCGUUGCACCUUUCAGUCUUAUGGGAUAGUUGUAAUGAUCAAAUCUAACUAAAAUCCCUCUUCCAACUACAAGUGGAAUCAAGUAUACAACAGGGGCUCAGAUAUGGGAACUGGAUACAGGUACAAUCAGUCCACAGGUGGAUUUACCACCUUCCAGUCAGGACAGAAGACAACCAAGAGGUCAGUCCUCCAGAUGAUGCCGUGCACUGUGUCCCAACUGCUGUCUGCCACGGCUGCCAGGGAAGUCUUCAGCAUUGGUGACAUUGAGGUCAACCAGGUAUCUGUGGUGGGUAUCGUCAGGAGAACGGUUCCCUCAGUAAACAAUGUCUUGUACUCCGUGGACGACAUGACUGGACCACCAUUGGGCGUGAAGCUCUGGGUGGACACUGCAGAUCCUGGUGUGGACAGUACUUUUGUGUCCCCAGGGACUUAUGUCAAGGUCUCUGGAAGCCUGCGUAUCAUUCAGGGCCAAAGAUCAUUGGUGGCUUUCAACCUCUGUUGCCUUGAGGACCUGAAUGAGAUCACCUCUCACAUGCUGGAGGUAGUGCAGGCCCACAUGCAGCACAACAGGAACCUGUGUGGUGGUGGUGGUAAUCCUGGAGAUGGAGACGCAUCAAGCUACGGGCUGAGUGCCAGUCAGAGCCAGGUGUUGAACCUGAUCAGGAGUUGCUCAGACUCCAAGCCCAGGGGCAUCAGUCUAGAGGAGCUAGACAUUAAACUGGGGUACCUCAGCAUGGCUGCCAUCAGCCAGACCUUGGAGUUUCUAAUCAGAGAAGGCCACAUCUUCUCCACCAUCGACGACAAGCAUUUCAGGUCUACUACUGGCUAGGCCCCCAACUCUAGACCUUGAAGCCAGUCCACUGCAUGUUUUCAUUGUUCCCCUCUAAUCAGUUACUGAUUAGGUGUGAGUGCAAUUAUCAGGUAGAACAGAACCAGCAGGUUCCGGACCUCAUAGGGUAAGAGUUGUUACCCCUGGGCUAGAGAAGGUCUUCUGUUGUUUCAGGGCAACUUAUAUCAAUGGCUAUAGGACGUUUUUAAAUAAAAAGACUGAACAUUUUGGAUUGUCAA